ACACUCGAAUCAGUUUAGUUAGUAAGAGAACAGUGAGAAGAAGAAAACUAAUUCGUGAUAUCAUCGAGUGUUAUAUAUUCUCCAAGUAAUUCGUAAAACGUAUAAAAACGUAAAAGGAUAAAUCAUGACUGUACCUAUAUAUAUAGAGGAAUAUGAUCCUCAAAGCAUUUUCCAAGAAAAUGAUCCGAACAAUUAUCAAAUCAUUGAUGUAAGAAAUUAUAUCACGACUUAUAGAAGAAAUCGACCAAGAAGUUAUCGACCCUUUACACGAAGUUAUUAUAAUUAUUGUAACAAUAAAACAACUGUUUAUUAUAACGACGAUGAGGACGAUGAUUAUAAUGAAGAAAGUAAUAUUGGAAGUGAUGAACUAGCGAUUAUUCGAAGUAAUGAUCCAGUUGAAUAUGAAAAUAUUAUAAAUAAAAAUCGAAAAUGUGCAGUCAGGAGGCUAUACAAUAUGCUUUUUAAACUUCAUUUAACAUAUCCUAGUUCCUACCGACAUAUCGAUCGAGACAAGUCAGAUGCAAGUCAGAUGCAAGUCAGAUGCAAGUCAGAUGCAAGUCAGAUGCAAGUCAGAUGCAAGCCAGAUGCAAACCAGAUGCAAGCCAGAUGCAAUCUAGGACACGUGGAUCUAUUUCCUCUAUUCUGAUUAUAAAUCUUUGUUGUGAUCAUAAUUACCUAAUAAUCUUUGCCUAUUGAACAUUUUUUCAUUGAUUUUUCUUAACGAAAAUUGCGUCAAAAGUUUUUAUAAAAAUUUAAGCUGAAACUCGUAUAAAAUGAAGUGUUAAAAAAUAUUUGUAAUCUCAGAAUUUUCUAUUAAUAUGUAUAUGUAACCAUUUCUUUGCGUCUUCAUAUAUGCGUGUGUAUGUGUGCGUAUACCUUUCUAUAAUUACGUAUUACUUAAGUAUGAAACAAUACUUUUUGUUAAAUGAUUAUUUACUGAAGUUUGUAUCACGAGUAUAAUUUAUAUAUCGAUUUACUUAUCACGUAUAUAAUGUGUCGUGAACAUUUAAUAAUAAUCUUUAAUAAUAAUCAUGUUUAAUCAAGA